UCGACUCACUUGUCGUCUGCUCUUUCAGCGGGACAGGACGGUAGCGGGCGCCGUCUGCCUUCUUGUUCGCCGUUGUUCGCAGCAGACGACGCUCGGUCGUCUGUGCCUGCCAGGAAUUGGAAUUUCGUUUGCCGGGCGGCUUCGUUUGUUCGUGCGGGUCUUUCGUCCCUGUGGAUUUCUAACCGCUGUGCCUUCGGUGUAUGUGUGCUCUGUGCGCACCCAUGAAGUGCGCGGACACCAAGCCGCGCGUGUCCAUUGCUGACUACGGCAGGAUAUGCUGCUCCGAAUCGGCGGCGUGCUCGCCUUCGAGGCGCGAUGCGAAGCGCAAGUGUGAUGUCGCUUUCGCGUCCGACGCUGCGCUGAUGACGACGAACGGAUUGCCCGUGAUGGUGGUCGGUGGUCCGACGGCGAUCUCCGCCGAGCCCGUGGUGUCGACCCGCACCGCGAGCUGCGCCUCCCCCUGCUGCUGCUGGUGCUGCCCUGACCUGCAGGUGUGGUCGCGGACGACGCUGUCCGGCGGCGGUAUGUGGUCGGCUCAACUUCGGUCCUCGCCGCCGCCGCCGCACGCCGCCGCGUCUCAGACGGGCACCGCGCACGGCUGCGCGGCCGACAAGCAGGCCGUCAUCCUGGUCGCCUUCCCCAUCUGUGCCUCUUCCGCCGACUCCCAAGAGUCCAACCAACUCCACCCAGCGUCGACGCACGGCGUCCGCGUCGUGCCGGUGCUGCUGCAAGUGCAGCUGGAGCGUCAAGUCGGCGCCCAGCUGGACCUCGCCGCAAGAUCCCGGAAAGACCAGCUUCCCGCUGAACGAGGAAGAACGCAAGCCCACUUCCGGUGUCCCGGAAGAACGCCUCAUGGAAGCUCCGUCCUCUCCGACGUCACAACAUCGCGUUGGCAACCAGCCUUCUCCUCCCCACCUGUCUCCUUCCACCGGUGCACUGCUAGGGGCAGGCGCUGCGUCCGACGUGGACACUGACUUGAGCCGCGUUCGGGACGCCCUGCGGACGCUUCGCACGAGCGGCUACUACUACGAGGGCCUGUCUUGGGAAGAGGCGGGCCGGUUGCUCCGCGGCCAACCCGUGGGCACGUUCCUGGUGCGAGACAGUUCGGACAAUCGGUUCCUGUUCGCGCUGAGCGUUCAGACCGAACGCGGUCCCACCAGCGUCCGCAUCCACUACUGGCGCGGACAGUUCCGGCUGGACUGCGAGGACGCCCUAGCGGCCAGCAUGCCGUGGUUCUCGUGCGUCGUUUCGCUAGUGGAGCACUACGUUCGACUCAGCCGGUCUGCCAAGGGACAGAUGUGCGUGUGGCUGGACGGUCACGGCCGUCGGGACUUGCCGAUCGUGCUGACCAGGCCGCUGUACCGGCAGCCGGCGUCUCUGCAGCACCUGUGCCGCAUAGCGCUCAACCGCAGUGCCGCCUCGGUUGCCGCAGCGACGUCGUCUACGUCGUGCAGGACUGUAGAGCCGCUUCCGGCGGCUCUCAAGGACUACCUCAGGGACUACCCGCACCUACACUGACCAAAGCGUUAUCAAAUUACCCUCCCCCUUUCUAUCCGUUGCUGUUUUUUUUUCUUUCGGCGGGAGUUCGUUUUAUGUGGCCCCAAGGCACCUCGCUGUCAACGCUCCUUCGCACAGGGUGGUGACACCCACUGACAGCGCCACCGCCAUACUGGACCUAACAGUGAAGCCAUUGCAUUGUGUAAUGUUGUCAAUAUGGUGAACGCGUUUACCACCCAGUGCGAAAGAACGCUGGCAUCAAGGCCGUAUGUGGCUCUGUCCGGCUGCGCCAUCUGGUGAUGGUUUUGUAUGUUUUGAUUAGAAGACGUCUGUACUAAUGUUAGAGGCCGGGGCUGACGGGGCCGCUCUCUAAACCGUGACUCGUAGUUCCUAAACGUGUCGUGCAAAAAAUUAUUGGCCUGCUUGUGGAGUCACUGGAUGUAUUGCACUUUGAUGUUUCGCUUGCGUGCGUUUCGGUUGGCAAUGAGGAAGUUUACGCAACCGUCUUCAUAAUAUAUGGCGUGUGAACCAAUCACUAUGUGAUGGCUUUGUUCAUUUCUCGCGUUCAAAAGCCUACCAAGCUUACGAGCCCAAUAAUCAAAGAUGGCUAGCUUUUUUUUGUUAGUCCAGUGAUUAAAUUUAAUAUCUGAUCACUUACCACGGUGCUGAUCCUCCAACAUGGCGGCUAGUCUGACGUUAGUGUAAGAGAUCCUUGCAUCUGUGCAAGAGAUCUACUGCUAGUCAGAAUAGAUAACUUGGUACAGUGCCACCGAAGCAACCACAUACAGAAACUAAGCGUAACCAUAGUUGUCAAAGCACUGGAUGAUUUCUGGUUGGAAAAUGUGCCCUACGCCACGUACUUCUGACUGACCACGUGGUCUCAUUCCUAGCUUACUGUACAGGUCAUCCAGAAUAAGCAGAACGUGCUUUUUUGCACUUACUCUGAAAGUAAUGGUUCCGACUGGCCCAUAGUUGUCAAAACUGGACUGUCUGGUAUCACAAACUUUUGGAAGUUCUAUAAUUCGUCUUGGCCAAGCCUUACAAGCGUCACUUUCGAGUCGCGUCGGACACUAUGCUCUAGAAGUCGCAAUUUGUGUUUGACGAAUAGCCGUCCUGAUAUGUGCGUUAUCCUUCCAAUGAGGGGAGAUGCACUUGCGUAUCUGCUCAGGGAACCGAAUACAAGGACGUGCAGUAUCACAAAAAGUUUGCCUGUGUUUGUUUUUUUUUUCGUCUUGAGAGAGACGAGUGUAAGCCCAACACGUUUACAAGAUGUCUUGUAUAGGAGCACCAUCUGACGUGCAGAUUGCACGGUUUUUCGAACCGCAGUUCUCGAAGGCCUUAGCAAGAUCAUUAAGCAACGUGACAUUGGAGUAACUUCUUAGCUAUUUAGGCAGCAACAGUGUUGAAGGCUCUCGUCAACUUCUUAGGAACUUCUUGUGGCUCAAGUCACGUGGAGUUGGUGCUCUUUAUAUAGGGAACCAGAUUAGUUUGGUGCUACCACAAUUGACGUCAGAUUAUUCUAUAGGAUUUUACAAGAUGCGCUUUCCGCUAUGUCAACGUAUUGUCCAGAAAUGCUUUGCCGAUUCAAGCUGUGGUCCAUUAAAUGCGUGGGCCUUCAAAGGAGCUAAAGUUGUGAAAGCUUUACGCUUGUGAUUUGUUACGAUAUCCGAAGAAGAAAAAUUUUUUCCCUUGCCGGCGCUUGGUUUGAACCAGGGUUGUGUUUUCUUGAGUAUCUUGUCUCGGGCAGCUGUGUUUUGUAUACUUACGGAUAUCAGGACGACAUAGUAAACAAGUUUGAAGUGUAUUACGUUAAAACGUAGCCGCAAAGUCGUCUACAUUGAAACGAAUGCCCCUAGAGGGCUCGCAUAAUGAGUGGUACCGAGUGAAAUCCGAAAUUCAAAGCGGACACAUGAUUGAUGGGCAGUUCGCAUUAGGUGUUCGUGCUAUCCCCAUAUUUAGUAUUAUUUUUAGACGCGUAAACUAGGUCUGCUUGCAUACAUGAACACCAUGGAGCCAUUGAAGCGUUCACUGCAGCGUUCAAGCGUCCAUAUACGUAGCAUUUGCCAGAUCUGAGUAGAAGACUAUCUUGCCCUACUCCGUGUUGCAGACGAUGUUGCAUCUCUGCCAUAAGCAGACGCAUCUAGGCGCAUUUAUUAUCUGAAGUGCAUUGCUGUGCAAGUAAUCACAGUUAAUUAGGUGCACAAGCUGCAAGAAGUUCGUCUUAAAGUCACCUGUGGGUAGGUUUAAGUAAAUUAUGUUCUAGUUCAUCUCCUCCAUCGCCAGGAGGGCCGAUGUAUUGCAAGAUAAUUUUUUUUUCUUUUACGCCCAAUAAAUAUGGAUUUUCGCAACUGGCGUAGUUAAGGAGCCGGUUUUCCUGUCGCGAGUGUCGAUCUAAGCGAGCAAAAGUGUACGCCACACGGGACUGAUCACUUGAUUGUUAGGUUUCAUUUCUGCAAUUCUAAAGAAGCGUGGCGGCUUAGUGUCUCUUUAAAGAAUCCAGUGACUCCACGAGCCAAUACAAGUAAACUAUAAGAUAGGAAAACAAUGUGCGUUUUACUAUACUGUUCAGGUGCCUUCCGGGACCAAGAUGGCGGCUAUGUUUGUGUAUGUAUGUUUCGAGUGGUGUACGCACGCUAUGGCCAUCUGUCGGGUAAACAAAAAAAAACAACGCGCGUACUCUUAUAACCGACGUCCCAAGUGUUCACAAGAAGUGGGACGAAAGGAGCGAAAAAAAAAAAAAACAUCUCGGAGGUUUCCACAAUUGUGCAGCGGUGUUGUUGUGAAGCUUUUGCCGAUUUUUUUCCCACCUUUUUUGUGCUCCUCUUUGGAUAUGUUUGGAUAUGCGUGGCUGUACCCCAUUCGCGACAGCCUCGCGGUGUUUUUGUACAAGCGGCCCUUAUCUUCCUUUGAAAAGUCGUAAAUUCUUGCGUGGGCCAUGAUGCUUUGCGAGUGACGUUCAAAAAAAAAAAAAAAGAGCAGCGUUUGUGGCAUGCACGCGUUUCAAGCGGGAACACUUCCAUGAUUCAUUGCGAGGAUGGAGUCGUAUUUUAACUCUUCAUUUUGGAAAGGCCGCGGCCGUCUUUUAACCACUGUUCGUUUUACUGGAGUUAACGGACACGCUCCGCCCCCCCCCUCUCUCCUUAUGAGCACUUUGUAGCGAGUUGCCUUUAAAUAGCUCGCCAGCGAAAGAACCGAGCCGAAACGUCCCCAACACCUGAAGCAGUAAAAAAAAUAAUAAAAUAAAAAUUCACGACGUGUGCAGAGUUCUAUAUGUCGAUUCUAAAGUGUGUGGGCCGUUGCAGACGACACGUCUGCUGCCACUCGUAGCAGACGAUACAUCUAGUUUCGCCGGCAGACGAUGCGCGUCGAACGUACAAGUGAAUUUCUCCAUUUAGCUGCAUACACCGCGUACUGACCGUUCUUUCUAUUCCAUCUUGUUGCUCAUACGGAACGCCUUUUAGGCGCAGACACGAAAUCACUACUUGUCUAAAUAUUCACAUUGCUUCCCCGUUGAGAAAAGUGGCAGGUCGCUAACCCUAACAACAAUAACAAAGCUACAGAUUGCUCUGAAAAGACAAGUGUGUCGCACGUCCGGACAUUUAGGAAUGUCAGCGCGGAAUAUCUUGCGCCUGUCGAAUUCGUUUCGAGACAUCCUAGCAAGAAAUGAAUGUGCGGCAGUUCAGAUUUAUUGAAAAAAAAAAAAAGAAAUCUUCCGCGCCAGAAACAAACUGCAUGCCACGACUUGCGAGUGAUCUAAAAGCUUGUUUCUACCUUAAAACGAAAACACCUGAUGUGUGAAUACAGUGCAAGGCCCCCGCAAACUAUUUUACGUGUGAAUGAGUGCUCAUAAAUUUUAACGUGUGACAGACUAUAGCGUAGUAGUGUGUGCUUGAACGCGAGUAUGGCGUCUGAAUGUUGUAAUACGUUGUGUCACUGUAUAAUACGAUAUGUUUAAUAAUCUCGCGAGAAAAAAAGAAAUGGUGCAGCUGUUCAUUUGUACAUAUGUAACAUAGCCAUCGUAAUAUAUGAAAGAAAGCAAAAGAAAAGAAUGCAGAAUAUGACAAAGAAACAAUAAAUCUUUCUUGUCUGUGGUAUUUCCUACAAAAAAA